AUGAGCUUGAUUCUGACCCCUCUGUACAUCCUGUGCAACCGCCCUGACGCCCUGAUCAUCUGCAAAGAAUCGCACACGCGCUACACAUUAACGCUGUGUGGACAGUGCAUUCAAUUGAUCUGCGUCCUUGACUGGGCUGAUUUGCUGCGGCAAUGGGGAAAUGGGGCAUCCUGCAAUAUCACAGAUGAGGCAUGCUUGUGGAGUUGCCAAAGUGACGACUGUGCCAUUCCUUUGCGUGAGGCUACCCUGGCACUGCCAGUGGCCAAUUAUCUAGGCAGCAGUGCAGCCGCUGUGGGCAUAAUUUGA